GUAAGAUCCACAACCAACUGAGAAGGAAGAAAAGAAAUUCGGAAGGCACAACUAAUGAAAAUAUGGCAUCCACUACAAGUCUAGAACGAAUCACGCAUGAAAGUUGAGCACUGAAAACACACAAAUGAUGCAAAGGUAAAGCCUUUUCUGCUUCCCGGUGUGCUUCGCUUGGAUUAGUGCUGUGGCAGCGUGGGGGAGGGCGACGGGAGGCGGUGCUGUGCAACGGCAGGUGGCCCUGGGCGGAGGAGCGUUCGGGCGGCGGCCUUGAGGGGGAGAGGGGCGUGGAUCUGGCUUUCUUUUGGACGGGCAAGUGGAAAGCAAAAUUGGAUUGAUUAUUAGGGUUCCCUUCCCUUUUACUGUUGUACCGCCGCCACACCAACAAAAUCUGUCGUCCGCCGGCGACGCGCACAAGAAUUAAGAAGCCACUCCUUCCGCGCAAGUGUUGCCUCCUCGAUCCAUCCAUCCAUCCGGAUUUGGAUCCAUUCAUUGGUUCGAUUGAUUAGGCUCUUCCUCUUCUCUUCUCCAGCGCGCAAGAUCUUCUUUUAAUCUAGCCAGGGCCAGGCCAGGAUGCCUGCUAAUCCUCCGCCUCCGCCGCCUGGGUCUUCCUCGUCGGUUCCGGCGGGGGCCAACUACUUCCCGCUCCCUUUCCAUCUGCAGCAGCAGCAGCACCAGCCGCAGAUGCCCAUGGCGGCCAGCAGCUACCAGCAGUACCAGCAACAGCUGCAACAGGCGCAGCAGCUCUUCCAGCGGGACGCGCAGACAAUCACCCCUGAGGCGCUGCAGAGCGUCAAGGCUGCCCUCGCCACCAGCGACGUCCUCGACCCCUCCACCGCCAGGCCCUCCGACCCCUCCACCACCAAGAAGUCCGUCCCCCGCCGCGCAGCCGGACAAUCUUGGGAAGACCCCACCCUUGCCGACUGGCCUGAGAAUGACUAUCGGUUGUUCUGUGGAGAUCUGGGUAACGAAGUUAAUGAUGAUGUUCUCUCCAAAGCAUUCUCACGAUUCCCCUCCUUCAACAUGGCAAGGGUUGUUAGAGAUAAGAGGACUGGCAAAGCUAAAGGUUAUGGAUUUGUGAGCUUUUCAAACCCUACUGACCUGGCUGCAGCAAUAAAAGAAAUGAAUGGAAAAUAUGUUGGGAACCGCCCUAUUAAACUGCGUAAGAGCAAUUGGAAGGAGAGGACAGAUGUUGAGGCUCUAGAAAGACAAAAGAACCAUAUCCAGAGGAAGCCUAAAAUGCCCAAGAAGAGUAUUCUUCACAAGUAAGGCUAGGCUCUACCGAGGGUAACUCAGCAGAUGUGCUGCGUUGGGAUUGUGAAGCUCUGGGGCAAGUCACUCUUGCUGCACUAGUCGAGACGCUGCCUGCUAUACCCUGUUAGGACCUGUUGUGCUUGUCAGUCACAUUAGUACUAUGCAAUGUUCCAUCUGAUGACAAGCUGAUUGUUACAUAUCUAGAGUUUCUGCCUGAGCAUUUGGUUGCUUAACGGUGUAUCUAUAAUCAGCUUUAGUCUGAUUUUUUUUUUUCGAUUGCUUUAGUUCGCAAUGACAUUGGCAUUGUAUUGCGAUAAGACACAAGUCUUUGGGUACUGUUCUCGUUUUUUUGGAAGAAAGUUUCUAGCACUA